GUUGACGGCCACGGAACUGACUGCAGGCAAAACCUCUUGUUUCAAUUAUGGAGUGUAAUCAGAUUUUGAAUGGACACCGACUGAGCACCAUAGAACGUAAAGCUCGUCUUAUAAAGUUGCGCUACAUUUGUCAGUACGAUAGGCUAGUCCACACCCACGUGAGUAAAGCAAUACACAGAUGUGGAAAGUUAAAAGGUUGAGAUGACGCUCGUUCCUGGACAAUGGGCCAUAAUAGUCAAAUCUUCGUCUGUUUAAUUUUGAAGUCAUUUAUCCAUGUUCCAUGGUUUCAACGACUUGGGUAAUACCGGUAACUUCAGUUUCCUCUCCUGCCCCAAAAAAACAGAAGACACACUGGUUUAAAGAGGAAAAACAUCGGAUGCAGGUUAAUGUCUUUUAGAACUCGUGGUUGAUUGGGCGUGCAGUCGAGAAGAGGAAGAGUUAAACGGGACUGGAAUCUUCACUUUCGAAUGGAAGAGGAUAGAUGUCGGGUACAAUGACACAUGCUAAAGACAACAGCUGUUGCGUAUCGAUCUGUCACCUUUUUUUUGACUAUUCGACACCGAAAAUAUUGGUUAUACGGAGUAAGAAAGUUGGAGCAAUCAAUCGCAUCACCCAGGCCUUAGUAAUCGCCUACAUAAUCGGGUAUGUCUGCGUAUGGGAAAAAGGCUACCAGGACACAGACUCCAUUCUCAGUUCGGUUACCACCAAAGUGAAGGGAAUUGCCGUCACGAACACAUCUGAACUUGGCCUCCGGAUUUGGGACGUCGCUGACUACAUAAUUCCGCCUCAGGUACCAUCAAGAUAUUUCGAAGAGGAGGAGGAGAGCUCAUUCUUUGUGCUGACAAACCUGAUUGUGACCCAGAACCAAACACAAACGCACUGUGCAGAGAUCCCAAGCGUAGCUUCCAUUUGCUCCUCAGACAAGAACUGCAAGGCUGGAUUUAGAGGUCCCAGAGGCAAUGGUGUGCGGACAGGUAGAUGUGUGAACUUCAAUCCCACUGUUAAAACCUGUGAGGUCCUUGCCUGGUGUCCCUUGGAAAGAGAUGGUGAACCGCCUAAUCCUCCAAUGUUAGCAGAUGCAGAAAACUUCACAGUGCUGGUGAAAAACAACAUCCGAUUUCCAAAGUUCAACUUUAACAAAAGGAAUAUCCUCCCACAAAUAAACAGCUCCUAUCUGAAGCAUUGUGUUUUUAACCGUUCUACUGACCCAGAAUGCCCGAUCUUCAGGCUCAAAGACAUGGUGGAAGAAGCAGAAGAAGACUUCCAGACCAUGGCAGUUCAUGGUGGAGUGAUGGGGGUUCAGAUCAGAUGGGAUUGUGAUCUGGAUAUGCCAGGAUCCUGGUGUGUGCCACGAUACAACUUCCGGCGUCUGGAUAACAAGGACCCAACAAAUACAGUUUCUCCAGGAUAUAACUUCAGGUUUGCAAAGUACUAUAAAGAGGGUGACAAUGAGGAGACCAGAACCUUAAUCAAAGGAUAUGGAAUUCGCUUUGAUAUUAUGGUAUUUGGACAGGCUGGAAAAUUUGACAUUGUUCCAACACUGCUCAACAUAGGGGCUGGGCUGGCUCUCCUUGGCUUGGUCACAGUUGUUUGUGACUGGAUUGUCCUUACAUUUAUGACCAAGCGGAACCAUUACAGAGAACAGAAAUAUUCAUAUGUUGAUGACUUUGGGUUGAUUCCGCAAGAAUAAGUGUCCCAUGGAUUUUCCAUCAUACUAAUCACAACCGGGAGGGGGUCUUAAUAAUCCUGCAGAUAUCUGACAUGUUUGUAAAUAUUAAAUAUGAAUUAACAUUA